AUGCAAGACAACGCCUCCUUGCCACAGCUCCCGCGCGAAGUGGUCGUUCGUGUCUUCGAAAGGCUGCCAAUACUCGCCUUCCUUCGGGGCGCCGUUGCGACCUGUCGCCAAUUUUCCUUGAAGUGGUACUUGGGGCGGAGUUUCCAAAACGUGGUUGUGGUGCCGGAUGAGGAGCAAAGCAUCAAUGCUGCCAUGAACCGGCUGGCUCGUGAAGGCUAUGCUGGCCAAGGCCUUGUCCUAGUCCGUCCUGGCUUAUACUCCGAGACCGUCCGUGUGACCCAGAAUUGCUAUGUGCUGGGUUUCGGGCCAUGCCAUGACGUGAUCGUGGAGGCUCCCGGAUGGGAGAGUGCCCUCGUCUCAGCAGGUCUCGGAGGCUACCACAUGCCUAAGAUGCUGGGCUUCGGUGGCUUCACUUCUGGGGAAGCUGCCUGCGUUGAGAACAUCACCUUCCGAUGCAGGAAUGAGCAGAUGCGCGGACGGUGCGUGUACAUCGUCAUGGGUCAGUUGCACCUGGUCAGGUGCACCGUGGAUGGCGGCGUCUUCGUGAGCGGCGCCCGCACCUCACCCCAAUUCAGCGAGUGCCGCAUUCGCAGGUCGCGCGGCAAUGGCAUGCGCUUCACCGACCACUCUUGCGCAAUGCUCAAGCGGAGCUACGUGGAGCACCAUGGGGGCCAUGGGGUUCUCAUUGAGCGGAAUUCUCAGCCAAAAAUUGCUGAAAGCUCGAUAUGUGGCAAUGCUGGCUAUGGUAUCCGAGUCUACUGCGGAAGCAACAUGCUCCCGAGCAAGAAUGUGCCACUGACGCCGGCAUCUCUGCAUAGUAUUCAGAACAACUACUUCGAAGGCAAUGAAACUGGUGAGCUGUCACUGACUCCACGCUUUGCUGACCGUGAUGUAGACUAA